GAUGACACCACUCUAUUUUUGAAAUUGUCCCAGCGUCGCCGGGUUAGGGGACAGUUUGCCCGGUGUAGGCCGUCAUUGUAAAUACGAAUUUGUUCUUAGAGAUUUUCAAUAUAGCGUCUUUCAUGUCACAGUCCACAAGAUGGCAGACUUGAGCUACUGUAUCAUCGCUCAGCCAUUUCAUCCGAGAGAAGUAUUGUUGGUGAGAUCAAACAGGCUGAGGGAUACAAUUGUAAGAAUUGUGCCCAAUUUAUGUAACAAUUUAACCAUCAAUAGUAGAGCAUUGGAAACCAUUGAACAGACGAAGCCUUAUAAAUUAGUUCAUUUAAAAAAAACAUUUUUGCACAAAAAUAAUCCAAUUCUACCACCGGAGUAGGAUAUUUGUGCAAUCUACGGGGGGGCUUGCUUGUUGCUAUUGGUCAAUGGUGCAAUGUUUUUUCUGACUCAGUGGUGUUUGAUGAUGUCAUGUUGCUCAAGAGUAGAAGGCAGAUUUUUUUUAGAGUCAUAGGGCUGAGUAGGUGAGUGGAGUGCAAACUACAACUUUCGAAAAUAUUCAGGAAAUACAUUUCUAAUCCUACGGGGUGGAAACAUUUUCACCUAUUGGAUUUAUUGCUUGAGGAAUUUAUUUCUGUACAAUGGGGGGUUGACAUCAAGGUGUCUACAUCGUCUUUGUAGAAAGGCAAAACUUUUUCCAGCCAUGGAACACUACAGAAUAUAAGGGACAGUUCUUGUGAAAGUCCCGUUGAUGUCAAAUCUAGGAAACUAAUGGUUUGGCGUAACUAGGAUUAACUGGUUGCUGGACAGUUCCACAAGGCGAUGCCACCCCAGGGCGACGGAGAUUAUAAACCUGUAGCGGUGUCGGCGGCGGUCCCACCGGUUCCUCCUCGGAGGGUUCGGAGCAGAGAGUCGUUUUCGGGCUCCAAGUGUCGGCCCGGUGGCGGAGAGCGCAAAGUGAAGUGUGUGCUUGUCGGUGACGGCGCAGUUGGGAAGACGAGCUUGAUUGUCAGCUACACCACAAAUGGAUAUCCAACUAAAUAUGUCCCAACUGCCUUUGAUAAUUUUUCAGCGAUCGUGGCAGUUGAUGGCAAGCCAGUGAAACUGCAGCUUUGUGACACAGCUGGGCAGGAUGAGUUUGACAAGCUGCGUCCGCUCUGCUACACCAACGCAGACGUCUUCCUGCUGUGCUUCAGUGUCGUCAGCCCCUCCUCCUUCCAGAACGUAACAGAGAAAUGGGUGCCGGAGAUUCGCCGGCACUGCCCGCAGGCGCCGGUGGUUCUGGUGGGCACCCAGUCAGACCUGCGGGAGGAUGUUAAUGUUCUGAUUGAGCUGGCUAAGUACAAAGAGAGGCCAGUGGAGCCCCAGGAGGCCCAGCAGUGUGCCGAGGACAUGAGGGCCGUGUCAUACAUGGAGUGCUCCUCACUCACCCAGAAGAACCUCAAAGAGGUGUUUGACGCAGCCAUCGUGGCCAGCAUCCAGCACUCUGACAGUCAGCAGCAGCAUCGACUGAAAAAACGGACUCCAGACAAGAUGAAGAAGCUUUCUAAAUCAUGGUGGAAGAAGUACUGUUGCGUGGUUUAGCCUCUAUCUGUGUGUGUGACAGGACGGACGCAUAGGUUCCAAUUUUGCUUCCAUGUCAGCACGUUAACAGACUUCAGGGGCAGUAAGGAAAACAGUGACUGGAAUAUGGAUGCAGGUCUGGUCUGGAGUAUCUGAGUUAUGUGUAGGUUAGGCCUCAAUAACCCCAUGCUGUUUUUGCUUUACCAACGUGAGCUGCACUGGAGACAGAGCUGACUUCCCUCAAAGAAUACUCAUUGACUUUCCACUGCCUUAUAUCCAUGAUCCUAGGGGGGGACACAGCUUCUACAUGGACGACUGUGGAAGAUGAAGCCCUCUUGAUAACCAGGAGGGCUUAUGUUGUUAUAUCAUUGUUUUAUUAACCUGGUUUACUCCGACCUUUCCCAUGGUAAGUGUACAGUAUGUAAACUCAUAUUCAUUUAGCAUAUGAGAUUGAGUCAACUUUCUGAUGUGGGAUUUACCAUCUCUGAUUUAGCAGUGUCUAUGGAAAAAUAAAAACAAUCUGUGCGGUAAUCAGAUAAUGCGAGGAGAGUACUGUGUAAUGUUCAUUAUUUGAAUGCUUGUUCUUCCAGCCCAUAUUGGAGAGCCUCAUUUGGCUUGUUGUCUAAUGUACAAAAAUAGUUUUUCAGAAUUUCCAACUGUUGUUUACAUUAGGACAUGGGUUCUGUCUAAGCUCAUAUGAGGGUCACAGUCUCUAGCUAUGUGCUGGAAUUCUAACUAGACUUGUUGACCUUUGGUUCACUUCACCAUAGCACCACCUGAGGAGUUUUAAACAAACACCUUACUCUGUACAGGGCCGACUGCAGCUGAGUCAACGUUAACUCUUAACUACCUUACUCUGUACAGGGCCGACUGCAGCUGAGUCAACGUUAACUCUUAACUACCUUACUCUGUACAGGGCUGACUGCAGCUGAGUCAACGUUAACUCUUAACUACCUUACUCUGUACAGGGCUGACUGCAGCUGAGUCAACGUUAACUCUUAAUUACCUUACUCUGUACAGGGCUGACUGCAGCUGAGUCAACAUUAACUCUUUACAGCUAGCAGAGUAAGGUAGUUAUUAAUGACUGAGCAAAUAAUUCAAUAUGUUUCUGAAACGAAUACACUGGAAAGAGUAUGUUAAUUGUCCCAAGCAAGCUUAACAAUACCAUAAUAUUUUAUUAUGUUGAAAAAAAGUUGUCAAUACCUAUUUUCCUAUCACUGUGGCAUGUGAUGUCUAUCUCUGUCAAUACAGUGUUCUGAUUUAACCUAUAAAGAUGAGGUUAUUAGAAUUUCAAAAUGAUAACCAUAGAAUUAGGAAUUAGAAUACUAAAAUGGACAUGAACAUUCUUAAGAUGGUCCAAAGGUCAGCCAUUUUGGUCAGCGAGUUGGUCAACUAUGGUUUGACAGUGCUGUGAUAAUGUGUAGAAUUUAUCUGCACUGUGUGUUUGUUAGCUAGCUAGCCAGCCAGUUUUAGAGGAAUUUUUCCAUUAAUUGUUCAAAUUAAAUGCCAAUAUGCCAACAUUCCAUUCAAACAAUGCAGUCAAACUACAGCCGUACACUUGCCGAAAUCAAUUGAUGAUAGGACUGAGACAAGUUGUAAAUGCAACAACUACUGAUACUGUAUCAUAAAAGCACUCACAACUUUCCAAGAAAAUAAAAUCUGAGACAUUUAUGGUCAGUUUACCUAUAUUUUAGAGGCUAUUUAUACAGACAUUUGGUAUAAAACCUGUAUAAACUGUAUUUAUAAUUAUAUGACAAUAUUAUUUGUUGAUUAUAAUUAUAUUUCUGAUACAUGCAUCUCCUAUGCCUCUACUGCCAUUCAUUCUAAUUACACUGGUUUUGUCACGACUUCCGCCGAAGUCAGUCCCUCUCCUUGUUCGGGCGGCGUUCGGUGGUCGACGUAACCGACCUUCAAGCCAUCGUUGAUCCAUUUUUCAUUUUCCGUUGGUUUUGUCUUGUCUUCCUCCACACCUGGUUCCAAUCCCAUCAAUUACAUGUUGUGUAUUUAACCCUCUGUUUCCCCUCAUUGUCCUUGUCGGUGAUUGUUUGAUUGUAUGUUAUGUGCAAGUUAUGUUCUGGUGUGCGACGGGUUUUGAACCCACUUUUAUUAUUUUGUAUAUGAUGGUUUUCAGAGUUUGUGAGCAUUUAUUAAACGACUCCGUUUAUACCAA